UGUAUUGCGCUUCGCGAUGCAAUAGUUGGUGUUGGUACAAUAGUCGGUACAAUAUACAUGUGGUUGGUGAUUUCGUUCAGUUUUGGAACACGUUUCGUAUUUUAAAGUUGCUUCUGUCGAGAAACGGAUCUCAGUUCCAUAAAUCAGUCGUUGCACAGAUGGCAGUGAGGGCACAAUUUGAAAACAGUAAUGAAGUGGGAGUUUUCUCGAAGCUGACAAAUGCAUAUUGCCUGGUUGGAAUCGGUGCAUCCGAGAAUUUUUACAGUGUGUUUGAAGGUGAACUCGCUGAUGUAAUUCCUGUGAUUCGUACAUCAGUAGCAGGAUGCAGAAUUAUUGGGAGACUUUGUGUUGGUAACAGAAAUGGACUUAUUGUACCAAACACAACAACAGACCAGGAGCUUCAACACAUUCGAAAUUCCUUACCUGACACAGUGAAAAUACAAAGAGUGGAGGAGAGGCUGUCAGCAUUAGGGAAUGUAGUUGCUUGCAAUGACUAUGUUGCACUUGUCAACCCCGACCUGGACAGGGAAACUGAAGAAAUUUUGGCAGAUGUUCUUAAGGUGGAGGUAUUUCGUCAAACUGUUGCUGGCAAUGUUUUAGUGGGGAGUUACUGUGCUCUCAGCAAUCGAGGUGGCCUUGUACAUCCUCGAACAUCAGUUGAAGAUCAGGAUGAGUUGUCAUCAUUAUUACAAGUCCCCCUUGUGGCUGGAACUGUCAACAGAGGCAGUGAUGUCAUUGGAGCGGGCAUGGUUGUUAACGACUGGGCUUCCUUUUGCGGCCUGGACACUACUAGCACAGAACUGUCUGUCAUAGAAAGUGUAUUUAAAUUAGGAGAUGGCCAGCCAUCAGCCAUAGCUAGCAGCAUGAGAGCUUCACUGUUUGAGAGCAUGACAUAAAUCAGGAAAAUAAAAACUCUUCAUAAUGUACAGUCAAUUCUCUUUGAAUGCACACCUCCAGGGCCAGUGUCCAUCCUGAAGAAGCAUCUGUCUUUGUGUUAGAGAGGUGUCUGCCUUAGAGCUGUAUUCACCCAGUUCUUGAAGGGCAAUGAAGUAAAGGACUGGAGUACAUCAGACACUUACUUCACUUGAAUGUAUCAAACAGGUGUCCAUCACAAGAGAACUGACUGUAUAAUAAAUACAUACACUAUGGACAAAUAGCCAAGAUCUUCCAUCAAAUAUCAUUGUGUCAAAUGAAUUUCACAACGUAGUGAACUUAAUAUUGUGUGAAUGAACAUCAUUUGCACGUGCUCCAUGCCUGGUACAGUGGAGUUUUAAAUACUGGUACUUUUCAGAGCAACUUUUUUUCAAAACUUAGGUUGUGUUUCAAUAUGCAGUUUAUAAAUAAUCAUAUGGUCAAAAACUUCUCGUCCUGUAUUUAUUUUUACCACAACCCCAAAUUAUAACAAUAUCAAAGGAGACUUGACAAAGGGGUUAUAAAAACAUAUUACGAAUAUUAGAAUCAUAUCAAAAAGACUCUCACCAAAAAGUAUUUGCAAUUUGAUGUUAUUUUGACUAUCCAACUGAUGCUAAACAUGCCAAACUCUAUUUUUAUGA